CUCGAUCACCAAAGGCCAAACGCAAUCACCAAAGUCACAGGGAGUGCUCAUAUCAGGCAAUUCCUGCAUUCUCAGCCGGGACUUUUUGGAGUUACAGCUCCAAAACGGAUUAGCGCAUUUUGGCAGCGAAUCGCUCCGAGCAAGCCAGCAAGAACAUCAUCUUCACUUCAACACCGAACAUUCGCCCAUUGCGUACUGAACAAGCCACUUAAGCAGUCAAUUGCAUCGGCAUCAAAUUCAAUAUGGGUGGUGGACAGAAAUUGCCUGGCCAGUACAUGGGCUGGUGGGGUGACCUUGGUUCACAACCACAGAAGUAUCUGACGACAUACGCACUCUCUCCCAACCGACAGAGACCGCUCGCCGGUGCUGCCCGCAACGCGGUUUUCAACACGUUCCGUCGCACAAGCCAGCAGAUCGGCUACUGGCUGCCGCCAAUGCUGAUCGCGUACUAUGCUAUGCAAUGGGCAACGGAGAGGAAUGAGUACUUGAACUCGAAAGCCGGGCGAGCCGAAUUUGGUGAUGAAGAGUAGAAGUUGUGUUCAUGGACAUUUCAUUGGCACUGUUUGACUAGCAGUUGCGUAGCCAAAUGGAAGGGAUCACCUGUACAAAAGAACUUGGAAUAGAUUUUUGAGUUACCCUUUCAAAUUCCUUGAUGUCCUCGACUUUCUCUUCUAGAAUUCGAAAUAUGAUGCCGUGACUAUCAACACAGUCGCACUGAAUUGGGACAAGACAACUAUUGUCUGCCAGUGUUUUAUCAGGCACGUCGCAUCUAGUAAGAGCCGAGCAUCGAUGUUCCGAAUACUUGGCUAUCUAAGAAAUGCUUUGCGGAGAGAAGUUGACACUUUGCGUGCUGAGCUCAAUCCACAGGCCU